AUGGCCAUAACAGUUUUAAAUCAGUAAUGGUUAAUGUUACGAUAUAUAACUGAUGACAGGAAGAUAAGUGCUAUUCAAAUGAACUGAAUAAUCUAGCAUUAUGGAAAUCGGAUCAAAUGUCAUGCCUUCAAACUUUAAAGGAUCCUUUUCAGAAGCGAGCUGAAACUCGUAUUACAGAGCAUUGUUCUACUUCUCGUUUGCCUGGGAAAAUGAGCCAGCAAAACUACUUUACGACUUCCUGCUAUGGUUUUAUCUUAUUCAUAAAAGCUAAGGCACGCAUUGCCAUUGGUCACAACUUGUGAGAAGUGUUGGAGAGUUAACUUUGAAGUAACAAAGUGUUCUCGAGGGACCAAAAAUUAACUCAGGUAACUACAUAGCUUAAAUCCUUAAUUUGUCAACAAAAUAAUUAAUAUAAACUUUCGUUCGGGGUUGAAGUUUUCCCAAUUGUCAACUUUAGACUCCCGGGAUAUUUAAUGUAAAUAAAAUCAGCUGAUUCGUAAGAACUUGGGAUUUUUACGCCGUAAUGGUUCAGGUUGCCAAAAGUGCAGCGAUCUUCUAAGGCAUGACUGGGCUCACGACUAUGGAACUUAUACGCAGAUUAUAUUAAACUUAAAAGUUUAAACUUAAAAACAAGACACCAACUGAAAUCAAACUAUUUCACAAGCCAUAUGAAAUCCACAUUGGCUGCAUAGCCCGUUGAUGGAGUGUACAUAAAUAAUUAUGAUUUUGUAAAAUGAACUCGGUGAAUAGCAGGCAGUUAAAGCGCUGGCGUAUAUGUUAAUUCCUCGUUGGGACACUCAGAUAUUCAUUUUCAGCACGCAAUUCGCAGUUCGACUUUAUAUGAAUACCACAAUAUAUUAUUUUGCAGACUGAAGCCGCAGUCAUGUUUUUUUCUUGGACACUGCUUUUCUGCGGUUUGGCAAUCAUUACUGGUGUUAAACAGGUCAGUCACCUUGGACAAACGGGGCUUACACAAGAGGUGGAAUUAUUUUUUGUAUAAUAUUGCGUGCAUAUUGGGGCUCUGGGGUAUUUUAGGCGCAUUCAGAAGGAAAGAUUAUUUGAGAGGAGGGCUUAAUAAGAGGGGGAACUAUUGACUUGACUAAAACACAGUAAAGUCUAUUGUUAUUGUAUAAAGUUCUUUGAAAACAGUAGCUUUUCAGCUAAAAAACUGAUUUUCAAAGAGCCGUUCAGUUAAUUAUUUACAAGUUUGUGGAAAAAAAUUUAAAAAUAUGUAAUCAUGCAUACUAACAGUCUAACACUACGUUGAACAAGAAGCCAAGGGGCCGUUUCAUUAAUGAUUUAUGUUUAUAAAAAAUAUUCAAUUGCAAGUAACCAAAACUAUUUACAGAAUAAUGAGAUAGAUAGCAGGUGCAAUAAUUAUGAUAUUCAAACAUAGUAAAUUCAGGUUCAAAUUACACUGUGUAUGCUGUUUAUUUGGUUUAUUUCAAAGGUAUGAUUUGGCAUUUAUUUAAUGGGGAAAGAAAAAUGUAAAAUAAAAUAAAAUGGUAAAUUAAAUUAAAUUCUACCCCUAAAAAUUCAAGAGGCAUAUUAGAGAGGGGCCUUAUUUGAGAGGGGGGCUAAAUUUACGUUAUCUUUAUAAUUCGUUUUCACUCUAGCGUAUUCCAGCAACAGGAGGCUAUGAUCCAGGUUCGUGUAACAAGAAAACUCAUGGUAAAGUAACUUUGGUCAAAGAUAGAACUGAUGACGAAAUCAUCCUCAUUUGUGUGAAAGACAAAAAUGGUUACAAGUGGAAAUCUACAGACGGUACGUUGGCUGCAAAACACGCUGAAACAAAUGACAAUUUCUUCCCAAUUCUAGUGAACAUCAUACAUUCAUUAUCAAACCUAAUUUUAGUGUGCAGUAAUAACUAAAUUGUGCAGUGACAAAGUGAGCGUGUGAAGUUAUAUACACACUCUGUCAGUAAAAAUGUGCAGUGAUAGGCCCUAACGUUCUUCGUGAUAAAUCCUCAAAGUGAAACGACUAACUCAUUAAAUAAAAUUAAUGACUUUUCCGCUUUGCUCGGGGACAACCUUAAUUGAAAUAGCUGUAUAUUUGGGUUUGUAUGUGUACAUGUUUGUGUGUUUGUGUAACUCAAAAAAUAUCCAACUUAUUAAUACAAAAAUUUGUUCGGCUCAUAGAAAUAAAUCAAAUGUAAUCAAAUGGACAAAUCGAUGUAAUUUUGAUUAAAUUUGGAUAAAACUUAGAUGAGAAAUUAUCAAAAGUUUGUCUUGCUUCACUGAGAAAUGUACACUGAAUACGUAAUUAGCUUAUUGUAUAAUUUAUGCAUGGCAUAUAACUUAAUUUGCUGGCGGAGGUAUGCAUAUGCAGUCUCUGAGUGCCCCCUAUUUUAACAUUUAUUAGGGUAAUGUAAUGUAAAAGUUAUGAAAAUUGAGGAGUUUCGACUUUUGCUCACUCUGAAAACUAUUGGUGAAUGUUUUUAAAGAAGCGCAAACGUGUCAGGAAGUGAAGUUCCUGGGUGCGAGGUUGAUUUUGUCUGGUUAUCAUAUAGGCAUGGUGUGAUAUGAGCACAGACGGGGGAGGAUUCCUGUUGAUUGGACGAAAAAAUAACUCCGUCACGUGGACAGUCCCAUCCAAUAACAAGCCGGUUGAUCCAUACGGCGAACCCCAUUGGACAAGCUCGCUUGGUGACGCACCAAUCCUGGACUUCAGGGUACAAAUGGCAACACACGAGGACUUCAAGGCCACAAAGGCACACUGGUGGGUAUUGAAGGAAUACGAAUGCAUACAAGGUCAAGAAAUAAUGUAAUUUUUGUAACCCAUUGGUAAGAGACAAUCAAAAUGGUAAGUAUAUUGUGGUGUGCGUACGAGUACGAGUUUAGAUUUAUCUACCAACUGGUGUAGUCACGAACACAUAUGGUAUGGGCAACCCUUCACCAGAAAUCAUAUACAAUUCUGAGGUGAAUGACAUCAUCUAAUAUGCAUAGAAUGACAUCUCACUUGUGCAAUCAGAAUGACAAUGAUUUUCAGUUUUGACUACUGAACUACAUAAUUCAGUUAUGUUUCAGUUUAUCAGACAAUGCAAACUGUUCUUUUCUGAAAAAUUAAAUUGUGACACAUUUUUUAACCUAAACGUAACUGAAUAUGGCUUUCCUUACAGGUCAUUUAGACUUCAGUCAAAACGUCCUUUAAAGAAUUUAAUGAUGACAACUGCUGGGUGCGACCAGAGGUCUGCUGGGAUUGGAAAUAUUGCGUACGUCAAAGAUUUACAAACAGAGAAAAUUGUCACUACAAAGUUACGAUGUUCCAAGUUUGGUUUCGCUCAUCAUCAUUUGUUGAAAUUUGGAUGGGUAUGUACACAUAAAUGUACAGAGGAGACCCUGGGGGAUCUCCUUGGCUAUAUUGACUGUUGUUACAGGUUAUUUAUAGGAUAAACAUCGAGGAGGGAUUGAUGUUAGACAAUGACCUGAGGACGCCCAUGACUUUCUCGUUAAAUAAUGAGUGAAAUUAAUGAAUGGUAGAAUUGAUGAACAGAAUCAACGAAUGGUAGAUACUUGUAUUUUUCAGACUAUGAUGAAUUCUUGUUUGCAAAAGCCAUGCCCAUGGGGAUUUGCUUAUUACCAUCUUAUAAAAGUUCAAACAGAUAACUAUGGAGGUUUCAGGUAAUAUUCAUGGCACGGAUUAUUAAACUGCAGUUAGUCUAACUUUGUGGUGAACCUAGCGAACUUAAUAAUAACAUCUUAUUACCCAAAUUAAUAAAUUUACAAUCAUCCAGACAUACAGUAUACGAAUAGAUCGUCUCGCUCUUUCGUCAUAUUUCCUAUUUCCUUGCUCAACUUAAAUCAAACUUUAUGCCGUUUCCAAACAGUUUUAGCACCACUGGAAAAAUAUCUGGCAUGGACUACAAUGCAACUGCCUUCGUUGGAUGUGACAAUGGACAU